AUGAGUCAAUUAAUCAACUUUCAAUUAAAAUCACAGAUUGUUCAUACAGUGGAUAGUACCAAAUCAGAGGAUGUUUGUUAUAUUGUGCAUAUGUCAGAGUCGGACAAGUUCAUCGCUUGUGCAGGUUCCAACAAUGUCAUCAAACUAUACAACCCAACUACACAUACAUUAUUGAGUGUACUCAAUCAACACAAAGACUCUAUUCACCAAACUCUAUUCCUCAACCCAACCACCCUCGUCACAUGUUCAUCCGAUAGAACUGUCAAGAUCUUUGAUUGUGAGAAAUCAACUCUUGUUAAAUCAUUGAAUCAAAAAGGAGAAGCAUUUACAAUUGAUAUUGCAGGAGAUUUAUUGGCAGUUGGAGUUGGUAGUAGUGUAUGCAUUUGGAAUUUAAAGACAAUGAAGAUGGUAAAGGAGUUUUGUGAUAGUCAUACUGAAGAUGUGACUAGAGUACUCUUUCAUCCAAACGAUGCAACUAAAUUGUUUUCUUGUAGUGUCGAUGGAUUGAUUUGUGUCUAUGACCUCACUGUCGAAGAUGUUGAUGAGGCUGUCUUGUCGGUGAUGAAUGGUGAGCAUUCACUCAACACAAUAGGGUUUUACGGACCAUCCAACGAGUACCUCUAUUCGCUCUCACACACUGAACGUCUCUAUACAUGGGAUCUAGCUUCAUUCUCACGUAUCACAGACUUUGGUGGUGAUCUUCGUACACAUCUCCAAGAAAAGUAUCCAGACCUCCAAGUCAACUAUUUUGUCACCUGUCAAUACGAUGCAGCCAACAAUGCACUCUUGUUGUUUGGCGGUAACUACAGUGGCUUGGGAUUAGUGUACCAAGUCAACUCGGAUGCCCAACAACCAAGCGUCGUCCCCAUUGCCACCCUCUCCAACGGACACUCUGACAUUAUCCGUAGCAUCUAUUGGAAUCGUACCACCAAUGUCAUCCUCUCUGCCGGUGAAGAUGGUAGUCUUUGUUUCUGGUCAAAUCAAAUCAAUUUUAAUAAUAACAAUCAAUCAUCAUCUGAUUCUUCAAGUGGAAAAAUAACUAAAUCAAAUAAUGCUAGAAGUAAGGCAAAUCCAUAUUAA